CAAAUUAACAUCAGCCACAAGUAGGAAGUGUAUUUGUUAUACAAGUCUCUUAGAGAAACAUGAGCUUUUACUCACUAUGUGGUUCUGUAACUCUCCUUGGGUUUUUCCUCUGUAUAUCAGAGGUAGAGAGCAUGAGGACACUGAAAAAUGUAGCUGUAAAAAGAGGAGGAUCUGUCACUAUUCCAUGUCUUUAUGAUGAGAAGUACAAAGCAAACAGUAAAUUCUGGUGCAAAGGGAACUAUUGGUCUACCUGCAGUAUCGUAGCCUAUGCAAACUCAAGUGGAAAUCCAUCAGUCAUUGAUCAUCCAGAGCAGAAUUUGUUGACGGUGGAACUGAACUCUGUCUCUGAGUCUGGAACGGGUUGGUGUGCUGUAGAAAUUGGGGAUAAAUGGCAGCCGGAUGACCGUGAUUAUUUGUACCUCACGGUUAGUCAAGAUCUGUCAGUGAGGGAGAGCAGAGUGAGAGGUGAGGAAGGAGGCAGCGUCACAGUCCAGUGUCUCUACAGUGCUGCGUAUCAGAAUAAACAGAAGCAGUGGUGCAGAUUUAAAGAUGGACAAUGCAGCACAGUGAGGACUGAAACAUCCCAGAAUUCAGCAGUGUACAUCAGUGAUGAUGGGAGAAGAUCCUUCAGUGUGAAGAUGAGCAGACUGAAGAAGAGUGAUACUGGAUGGUACUGGUGCAGUGCAGGAGAUCUGCAGGUUCCUGUUCACAUCAGUGUCAGUGAUCCACCUCCAGAGAGCCAGAGAUGUUCUGUAUCGCAGACAACUGAAGGACGUGAUCUUGGUGACAUCGAGAAUAUAAGCAGCUGGACUACUGCACCUCGCUCCUGGCAGGUCUGCCUCUGAGCACCAUUCCACCUCUACAACUGAUCCUGAAUUCAGCUGCAGGACUUGUUUAAAACCUUCCUAUGUUCUCUCAAACCACACCAUUGUUAUAUUUUCCCCCUACAGGCUUCCAUACAUCAAUAGUAAAACAUUGAGGCUUGCACACAGAGCCAAAAACAGACCAGUAGCCUCUA